AUGACGUCCUCUGGUGAAAUAAACCGUAUUGUAAAAUUAUUAGAAACUUUAAAAAAUAAAAACGAAACCCUCAAAAACGAAAACAAAAAUCUACAAAACAUCGAUGAAAAAUGUAAAAGAUUGACCGAAGAAAACGAAAAACUCACAAAAGAAAACAAAGAAUUAACGAAGAAAAAUGAUGAACUUGUUCUUACUGUAUAUAAAAAUCUCCUAUACAGAUAUAGACAACUAAACAAAGGAAUGACAGAAUCAUUGGAAAAUUUGGAUAAAAAAAAUGAUAAUUAUAAAUUAAAAAAAGAAAAUGAACAAAUAGAAACCGAAAAUAAUCAAAUUUUAAAAAACAGUCAAUAUGAAAACCUAUUAAAAACGAAUCAAGAACUACAAAAAGAAAACGAAGUUGCUAAAUAUCAAAAUGAAAGAUUAACUAUAAAAAAGGAACAAAUAGUAAAAGAACUUGAUUUAAAAAGAAAUCAAUAUGAAGAAAAACAAAAAAUAUUUGAUAUCUUGGAUGAAAAAAUAGAUAUUGUAUUAGCUAAUUUUAACUUUGAAGUGUUGUUUCCACUAAACGUUACUUUAGAAAAAAUGGAAAAAAUU